AUAUGCCUCGUCAUGGCAUCAGUCCAUAUUAAUGAUAUUCGAGGCUGAUUCUGCUUAUCCAACUCCCCCGCACAUACGGACGAUACGAUCAUGUUCGCCAGACCGCAUGUCUGCGCUCUGUCUUUACGGCAUCCGGCCGUUAGGCUCUUCCAGCAGCCCCGGAGUCAAUACCUUCACGCCUCCCCUCCAUUGAGCUAUCCUCGACGGAAGGAUUUCUUCUCGUCCAAUGCAUACCUCUAUCAAAAGCAGUUUAGAAACGGUGAUGCGGCCGAGGAGGUGUCUCUAGAGACCCAGAAACAACGGAAACGAAGCAAUCGGUCUCCGGCCGCAUCGACGUCAUUACGGAGAGUUGCGGUGGAGGCACAAAGGUCCAAGGAUGGGAUAUUAUCCAAAGCCCAGCUCAGAGAGCAGGGGCUCUAUCAGACUAAGACCAUAACAGCAUAUGCCGUAGCUGAACAGUUCAACAUUCGCAAAGUUCGGGAGAUCCUGCAGGAAAGAGGCUACGAGCCAGACCCCUACGAGACGGGGCUAUAUCCUCAAGUUGUCCAUGUCCAGGUUCCUUUAGACUCGAUCCGUCGCCAAAGCAAUCCGAACACCUCAGAUCUGUCACCGAACGAAGUGGGUGAUGUGUUUGUCUUCCCCUCGGGUACCGUCGUUGCAUGGGCAUUGCCCGAAGGAUUUACUUCCUUUCUAGCAACCAGGACAUUACUGCCUGCCGCUGAAGGGGCCCAUCUUGAUGAUUUGGAAACAGAAGACCUCGAGUAUGUCGAAGACCCUCAACGAGAUAACAGCAGCAUCAAAGGCGACACCAUUAUUCUUGGGACCAAGCCGGGCAGCGAUGGGCCCGACUCGCACCUAAGCGCCCGGCAAUCUGUAGAUACGGUCCUCACAAAAGUGGCAUUCUCCUCGGGGUUGGCUCGCAGUACCAAAUUGGCAGUAUUGGAGUCCCUGUUAUCCAACUACUUUGAGUCUACAAGAGCCAUUCCUACGCUUCUGUCCAAGGGUUCCCGUCUUCCUUUCACGAGGGAUUUCAUACUUCGCAAAACCGGCCAGCUGCUCAGUGUACGUGCGCAGCUGAACCUGUACUCGGAGCUCACUGAUUCCCUGCCCGACAUCUUCUGGGAUAGUCGCCAUGAACUGGGACUAGAAGGAUACUAUGAACAGGUAGGGAGAGCGCUCGAUGUUGGGAUACGCAUCAAGCUUCUGAACGAGAAGAUGGACUACGCACAAGAGAUUGCGAGUGUUCUCCGGGAGAGGCUAAGUGAAACGCAUGGACUCCGGCUCGAGUGGAUUAUCAUCUUACUCAUUGCUGUCGAGGUAGGAUUCGAGGUUCUGAGGCUCUGGAAAGAGCGCAUCCACGAACAAGAGGCCGAGAGCAAACAGGCUGAGGGACGCUGAUCGUUGACUGAGCUACUGCCAUCUCUACUCAUGUAUAUAUCGCAUCUAUGGAGUCUUAAAUAUGAUACCCCCGGCAUUGUUGUUUCC